AAGAAGGAAGGGAGGGAGGGAGGAGAAGAGAGAGAAAGGAAGAAAAGAAAGAAGGUGAGAAAAAAUGAAAGAAAAAGGAAGGAAAAAAGGAAGAAAAAAGAAAGGAAAAGAAACAGAAAAAGGAAGGAAGAAAAGGAAAGAGAACUGGAAGAGAAACACAGGGAAGCUCAGCUGGCGGCCCAACAUCUGGAGCUGCACCUGAAGCAGAAAGAACAAAUGUAUGAAGAAAGGCUCAAAGUGCUGGACAACCAAAUGAAGAAGGACCUGGCAGACAAAGAUACUUUGGAGAACAUGCUGAGGAAGCACGAGGAGGAAACUCACGAAAAGUGCAAAAUCCUCGCCGAGCAGAAAGCG